GAUGAUGCUGUUCUGAACCGAUUGCCGCUUUCCCACUUGCCGGAGCACAGUGCCGGAGAGAGGUUUCGGUUUGCAGGGAGACUUUACAACCUUCAGAGCAUCUGGAGAGAUUUCCUCACAGGGCAGAACGCAGGGUUAGCUCACUAUAAGCAUAGAGAGAUUGCUACCGUGCAAAUGUGAGGAAGGGCUGAGGUGUUUAAGCAGGUGGGUCAGGCUGCAGCAAGUAUUUAGGAGGACCAAGUCUGUGGUGGCAAAGACCCAUCUGUUGUUUCAUCGUUUGUUUGUUUAUUCCUCCUCCUCAUGCCUUCCCCCUCCCUUAAAACCAGGGACCGUUCACGCCUCUUGCAAAUGAGAUUUGGGCGAUGCUGAGAGAGCAGCGUGUUGCAUGGCGUGUGUGUGCAUGCAUUCGCGGGGGUAGGAUACUCGGUCCUCAGCAUUUGCCUGCGAUCAGAAGAAAAUAGGAUGUGCCUGUAGCUGGAGGAGUGACAAUGCUAGCCGAGUGGGGCUCACCUGCUGGUGAUCUUUGCAGAGGCAUUUGAGGAUUAUUCAGCUCCAGAAGGUCUGUGUGAGGAGCAUUAUCUCUGCCGUGGCUGAAAAUAGGAGGUGCCUACCCCUACCUGUCUUAAUUAUUGCUACCAAAAGGACCAUUUUGCCACCACCGUCGGAAGAAACACUUGCUGCCACUGACAAGGGUAUGAGGAUUAUGACCUCAUGUGCAGCUCUGCAUAGCUGUCCACUUGGAGAUGAUGGUGACUCCUUAGAGAACAGAUGCCAACUCGUGGUUAACAAUCAGUAUAGUGCUCCUUCUAUCCAGAAGAUUUGAUAACUGCUUUUCACCAACUCUCCAAUUUUUUUUCAUCAUGUUGUCUCUACCAGCCUAAAAUUUCCUAAAAUGGUCCUUUUGCUUUUCCUUGCAAUUUUGCUGUUGAAGGAAGAUGUCUGUGGGAACUUUGGGCUUUUGGUUUCAGCACAGGCAAAUGAGAGAAGAGUGGUUGCACACAUGCCUGGUGAUAUUAUCAUUGGAGCUCUAUUCUCUGUCCAUCAUCAACCAACUGUUGACAAAGUUCAUGAGAGGAAAUGUGGAGAGGUAAGAGAGCAGUAUGGUAUUCAGAGAGUGGAGGCAAUGCUCCAUACCCUUGACAGAAUUAAUUUGGAUCCCACGCUGUUGCCAAAUAUAACAUUAGGAUGUGAAAUAAGGGACUCCUGCUGGCAUUCUGCUGUGGCUCUGGAGCAGAGCAUUGAGUUUAUAAGGGACUCUCUUAUUUCUUCGGAAGAAGAGGAAGGGAUGGUGCGAUGUGUGGAUGGAUCAUCAUCAUCUUUCCGCUCCAAGAAACCCAUUGUUGGUGUCAUUGGGCCUGGCUCCAGCUCUGUUGCUAUCCAGGUCCAGAACUUGUUGCAGCUUUUCAAUAUACCUCAGAUUGCUUAUUCUGCCACAAGCAUGGACCUAAGUGACAAAACUCUGUUCAAGUAUUUUAUGAGAGUGGUGCCAUCUGACGCACAGCAAGCAAAGGCGAUGGUGGACAUUGUCAAACGCUAUAACUGGACCUAUGUUUCUGCUGUACACACUGAAGGAAACUAUGGUGAAAGUGGAAUGGAAGCUUUCAAAGAUAUGGCAGCCAAGGAAGGGAUCUGCAUUGCACACUCCUACAAGAUCUACAGUAAUGCUGGAGAGCAGAGCUUUGACAAGCUGCUGCGAAAGCUCCGGAGCCACCUGCCCAAGGCAAGAGUGGUUGCCUGCUUCUGUGAAGGCAUGACUGUGAGAGGCCUCCUGAUGGCUAUGAGGCGCCUGGGACUCGCUGGGGAGUUUUUGCUGCUGGGCAGUGACGGCUGGGCAGACAGGUACGACGUGACAGAAGGGUACCAGAACGAAGCUGUUGGUGGGAUCACGAUCAAACUGCAGUCUCCAGAUGUGAAAUGGUUUGAUGAUUACUACCUACAGCUUCGGCCGGAAACCAACCAUCGCAACCCAUGGUUUCAGGAAUUUUGGCAGCACAGGUUCCAGUGUCGGCUGGAAGGGUUCCCUCAAGAGAACCCUAAAUACAACAAGACUUGCACAAGCCAGAUGACUCUGAGGACGCAGCAUGUCCAGGACUCCAAGAUGGGCUUUGUAAUCAAUGCAAUAUACUCUAUGGCCUAUGGGCUCCACAACAUGCAGCUGUCCUUGUGCCCAGGCUAUGUGGGUCUCUGUGAUGCCAUGAAGCCCAUAGAUGGUCGGAAACUCCUGGAAUCCCUCAUGAAGACCAACUUUACUGGGGUCUCUGGGGACAUGAUCUUGUUUGAUGAGAAUGGUGACUCACCAGGAAGAUAUGAAAUCAUGAAUUUUAAACAAAUGGGGAAGGACUACUUUGAUUAUAUCAACGUUGGCAGCUGGGACAACGGUGAGCUGAAAAUGGAUGAUGAUGAAAUAUGGUCAGAGAAAAGUAAUAUCAUCAGAUCUGUGUGCAGUGAACCCUGUGAAAAAGGCCAGAUAAAGGUGAUUCGUAAAGGAGAAGUGAGUUGCUGUUGGACCUGCACUCCUUGUAAAGAAAAUGAAUAUGUCUCUGAUGAAUACACAUGCAAAGCCUGCCAGCUCGGCUCCUGGCCCAACGAGGACCUCACAGGUUGUGACCUCAUCCCAGUCCAGUAUCUCAGAUGGGGCGAUCCCGAGCCAAUUGCAGCCGUUGUUUUUGCAUGCCUGGGUCUGCUGGCCACGCUGUUUGUUACAAUCGUAUUCAUAAUGUACCGUGAUACUCCAGUCGUCAAAUCAUCCAGCCGAGAACUUUGCUACAUCAUUCUGGCCGGCAUCUGCUUGGGUUACUUGUGCACUUUCUGUCUGAUUGCAAAGCCUCAACAGAUUUACUGUUACCUUCAGCGAAUUGGCAUCGGGCUCUCGCCGGCUAUGAGUUAUUCUGCCCUAGUAACCAAAACUAACCGCAUUGCAAGAAUCCUGGCUGGAAGCAAGAAGAAAAUUUGUACAAAGAAACCUAGGUUCAUGAGUGCCUGUGCCCAGCUGGUUAUUGCAUUUAUCUUGAUAUGUAUACAAUUAGGCAUCAUAGUUGCCCUGUUUAUAAUGGAGCCACCAGAUAUAAUGCAUGAUUACCCAAGCAUCCGAGAGGUCUACCUGAUUUGUAACACCACCAACUUGGGUGUUGUGACUCCCCUUGGAUAUAAUGGGUUAUUAAUUUUGAGCUGCACCUUUUAUGCAUUUAAGACAAGAAAUGUCCCCGCUAAUUUCAAUGAAGCUAAGUAUAUUGCCUUCACCAUGUAUACCACCUGCAUCAUUUGGCUGGCUUUUGUGCCAAUAUAUUUUGGAAGCAACUACAAGAUAAUCACCAUGUGUUUCUCGGUGAGUCUGAGUGCCACGGUGGCCCUUGGCUGUAUGUUUGUGCCCAAGGUCUACAUCAUCCUCGCUAAGCCGGAGAGGAAUGUGCGCAGUGCGUUCACCACAUCGACGGUCGUGCGCAUGCAUGUAGGGGAUGGGAAGUCAUCUUCAGCUGCCAGCCGCUCCAGCAGCCUGGUGAACCUGUGGAAAAGAAGGGGAUCAUCUGGUGAAACGCUUAGGUACAAAGGCAGGAGACUGGCCCCCCCGCACAAGUCGGAAAUAGAGUGUUUCACCCCAAAAGGGAGUAUGGGGAAUGGUGGGCGAGCUACAAUGACCAGUGAAGAAUCUGUUUGCAUUCCAGACUGUAAUCGAUCUGAGUCAAGUAGAGAGGAGAAAAAGGUUCCUGUUAAAGAGGAUGCCCUAACAGUCAAAAAGACUGGAAACUGUGUCAGUCUAAUAGCUCCACAGCAAGACUGUCAGCUGCAAGACCUACUCAAACACUCUAAUGGGAAAUCAGUUUCCUGGGCCCAGAACGAGAAAAGCAGCCGAGGAGCACACCUUUGGCAGCGGUUGUCAGUCCACAUCAAUAAAAAAGAGAACCCCAACCAAACGGCAGUGAUCAAGCCUUUUUCCAAAAGCACAGACAGUAGCCGACACAGUAGCAGCGCUACAUUUCCAGAGGCUAGUGCCAAAACGCUUUACGACGUUUCGGAAGCUGAAGAGCAAUACCCAGCUCAGUACCGACCACAGACUCCCUCACCAAUCAGCACUUUGAGCCACAGAACUGCCUCUGUCAGCCGAACAGAAGAUGAAGCCCCUACCUUCCAGUCAGAGCCUCCUCAGAGAAGUAGCUCUUCUCAAGGCUCCCUCAUGGAGCAGAUCAGUAGUGUUGUCACCCGCUUCACAGCCAAUAUCAGUGAGCUGAACUCUAUGAUGCUUUCAACAUCUACUCCAGGGACAAUGGGCGCUGCUCCUCUCUGCUCUUCGUACCUGAUCCCACGGGAAAUUCAGCUCCCUACAACAAUGACCACGCUUGCAGAGAUCCAACCGCUUCCUGCCAUUGAAGUCAAUGGCGCUUCGCAGUCUGCUAGGAAACCUUCAAAUGACAGCAUCAAAGAAGGCACUUCAGAGACCCCAGCAGCCAAGCAAGACCUGGAGGAGCUGGUGGCUUUAACUCCUCCUUCUCCUUUUAGAGACUCCAUCGAUUCUGGAAGUGCAUCUCCCAGCUCUCCGGCUUCUGAAUCAGCUCUGUGUAUCCCGUCCUCCCCCAAAUACGACACACUCCUCAUCAGAGAUUAUACUCAAAGUUCUUCUUCGCUGUGAAUGUAGUUCAAGAUGAUGUUGGAUCUCAACAACUACAAGCAAGUAGUGAGGGGACAGCCAAGUGUUCAAGAUCUCCAGUGUUUACGCAGACAGAGUGAGAGGCAUUGGGUCAUCUUGUGAGAAAUGGAAGGGAAGAAGGGGAAUCACUUGAGAGGUGGAAACAUCAGAUUAAUUAUGCUGAUUUAAAAACAAAAUGACUCUUGGCAGAUUAUCGUGGCCUUAAAAAAACAUGGGCUUUUCAGAAACACUGAAUCUAUUUUUGAGGGCUUAUAAGGAGUCUGUUAAUCCAGUUACAUACCAAGUGCUUUGCUUUAGUAUAACAAUGAACUGUGUGUACAAUAUAGGGGAACGGGGGGGAACUAGAUUGUAAACAACUGUACAAUGGUUUGUUUGUUUACUCUGAUCCCUUACCCAGAAGUGAACCUUGAUCUUUUAUCAAGAAUAGAAGACCAAACGUUGAAUGUACAUUUUCUAACAGACUCAAAUCUGGGACCAACCUAUCAAGCUUUCUUUCUUUUUUUUUUUUUUUUCUAUGAAGAUCUCAAAAAGCAGUAAUGUAUGUUCAAAAACUACAAAACUUUUUGCUGAAGAAUAUUGUGUCUGUGAUACGUUUCACGUGGAUAACACUGAGGCUUUGCAGUGAGUGACUGCAAUAUGGAGGGCUUUACAAGUGACUUCUCAACCUACGCAUUUGUUUAUGAAAUUCUCUUCUAUCAGUAUCAAAAGUUCAGUUUAUUAACAUUGGAUUCACCUUCCCAACAAAAAAAACCCAAGGAAGAUCUCCUGACUAUUUCACCAUGUUGCCAACUAAUAAUGAAGUAGCAAAAAAUAUUUUCUGGAGUACUGUUUUGUAAUUCCCUUAUCAGGGCAAGUUGUUGAGAUGAAUAUUCUCUUUCUAGCAGCACUACCAAGCUAUAUUAUAGCUGCACUCCCUAGCGAAAUUAACACAUUUUUAUGGACUUCCUCGUGAUAAUGUUACCAAUUAGAAUACUUAUUCAAAUUCCCAUCUUUGCUUGUAACAAACAGGUAAACACUGUAAGGAUUUUCUCCAUCCUUUGAAUGACAGAAUUCUAGGAUACCAAUUUGGAUUAUGAUGAGUGCUAACUGUCAGUGGGAAAGGUUGUCAUAGUAAUAAUUAAUAUAUAUAUAGGGAAAAAAUCCUGUGUUGAAGUCUGCUUAGAGGUGAUUAAGCUACUCUUUAAUAAGCAACAAUUUUAAACGUUGUUUUGCUGCUGAUGCCUUGCAGCUAUGAACAGUGUCAAAAAAUAAAAAUAGAAAAAAAUACAUUCAAAGCAAUACAGAGUAAAGGUUAGAACAAAAAAGACCUAAUGAGAUAUGAACCAACAGAAUCUUUGUUUCUUAGCAACUCACAGAAGAAACAAGGGGAUUCCUCAAAUUUUUUUUCCUAUAUCAAAGUAGUACAGUCUAGUGCACUUCAUACUGUCACAGCACUUUUUUAAUACAGACAGGGAAGAGUUUUAAAGUUUGAAUAGUAGCUAAAUAAUUUUUGAUAGGUGUAGUUACAUAGAACUUUUAAGUCAGACCCUAAACGCACACUGUAUUUGCUCUCUUCUUCAUGACAUAGCUGUCCUCAGGUGCCAAACUUUUAUGGGUUUGUUUUAUUUUGUUGAAGGAUAGCAUGAAGUGAUGAGUAACGUACUUCAAUUCAAAGUUGAGUUGACGUAGCCUUAUAUAGAAGACAGCCUCAAGGAAGGGAGCCUUGAAAUAAGGCUGCUAUAUUUUAUUUUCAAAACCUUUAGAUCUUGUUCCUUCAAGAUAACAAAUAUUUUGUAAUCAAAAUCCUUUUUCUCCCCCAUGUUCAAAAUAAAUAUUUGAUCAAACAAGUACAAGAUGAAAGCACAUUCACAUAUUUUAUCAAAGAGCAUUUUCUAUUCCUUUGGGAUGCAUGUUUCACUAUUAUGUGUUGCACCCCAAUUUGCUGCUCAACAACAUUUAAAAACGAAAAAUAAUAGAUGACUGAAUCCAGACCAGCACCUCACAGAGAUACUCUAGUAACUCUAGAGCCAGGCAGUGUUAUCCAAUUGCAGUCUGGGCAUGCUUAUCUUGUCAGGUACAGUCAUUUAUCAGCUUUGCCUGUAGCAUGAACAGGCAAGUCACAAAACAGCUCUACUCCAGAAGGCAGAUCCCCAUAUUAAGGCAUGACUGAAGGUCCUUGUUGCCCAUAUGCAGUUCUUGCCUCCUUGCACGACUGACCAGCACAGGCUCAGUUCUGUGCAGUUGCACGGUUCCCAGACUAGAGCUCAGUUUUGCCCUCUUGGUUCACAGUACUAGCAUGUGUCAUCAUUCCCUAGCUGUCCAUGUCUUCAGGAGAAAGCAUCUUCUGUCACAGGUUACAACCCACAUUUAAGAGAAAAGCAUGUCCAAUCAGUCUGUGAUACAAACAUUCUUAUUAGGGGAGUUUAGACCACUUAAAUGUCGUUUGUGGAAGACUUAUAUGAUAAUAUUUGUCUCCCAUCCGUGCAAUAUUGUUUUAAUAUAAGCAGAGUGUACUAAGAUAAUUAAUGUGAAUUUCAAAGGGAUUCUAUUACUACCUGUUCUCUUAUACUUCAAACUAUUGACCAAUGUUCUUACAAGAACAUCCUCCACCUUGAUCCUUCCCUAGCAUUUUAGGUCCCCUGUUUUUUCUUAUGGUGGUGUAAAACUAAUAUCAUUGUAUUCCUGCUAAAAUCUGUGGGUUUCACUGCACUGUGAAAUAAUCAGCAGUGGAAAUAUGAGUUAUACAGACAAACAUAAAAACCUUUCCUUAAAUACUAAACUAGUAAAAAGGAGUGAAAAAUAGAAACUGUCAUGCUCAGCACAAAUAUACCUCUUCUGCUCUCAAACUGAACCAUCCUGGCCAUAGCUAUUGCUCAGAGCUUCCUGACAAUGUUCUUAUAUACUGUCAUGACAAUAUGGGUAUGAGGAUGCACCGUGUGCCCUGACUGCAUGUUUUAAGAGUCUACAACCCUAAUGUUGUGCAACCCAAAUCUCAAACACUUUUGUUCACUCUCUCUUUUGGUGGAGUCAUAUAUCUUUUGUGUAUCUAUCAACCAGCAGAAAUUUUAAUUGCACAAGGAACCAUGGAUGGACCCAGCUGAGAUAGUAUCCCCUUGAAGUCGAUCUAUUUUUAAUGAAAGAUGGGCAACCUUAGGGGCAUUUAAAGAAGCCUGAAUCCACUGUAAUUGUGCAGACUGGAGUGCAUCAAUGUAAUUUUUUAUUAUGUGUUUGAAUUUCAACAAAGGGAGGAAAGGUUUUGUGAAGAAGGAAAAAAUGGUGUAAUGUCUGUAGUAAUAAUCCAAAUGAACCCAGUGGGAGAUUUACAAGGCUGAAAAGUUCUCUGGGAGAAGCCAGUGGGUUUGACAUAAGAGAUAAAAACCCAUGAAUUAUGCUGUUUGUAUGCUAGGCUCUGUUUAGGACAUUAAGAUAGAGUGGCAAGGGUUUUCAAACAUAAAUGUAAAAGUUGCAGUCAUGAACACUUUUCAAUCUAACUAAAGAAGGUUCAAGUACCAACUGAAUGACUUGAAAAUUGCCCUCUAAUUUAGAGCUGCUGCCACAAAAGGAAUUAAAGGAUUUUAAACUACUGUCAUUCUUAACCACAGGGACCUCAAAAAAUCUCUUGUUUCUUUUGUGCUUGAGGCCUAAAGAGUGAUGGUGUAAUCACCUCUAGAUCUGUGCUUGUGAAAUAAAGUGAGUCACUCUGGCAGGCCAGUUGAGAAGAAGCCUUUGCAAUACUGAAGAACUGUAUUUUUAAAUAAUCUCUGAAGAAUAAUUGCAUGACUUUGAAGAUGUGCUUCCUUGUACUUCUAUCUGAAUAUUUGGUGCCUAGGCUCAUGCAGCUACCUUAGACCAGAGAUUUUUUAGACCACAGUCCACAAAUCACUUGUUGAUGUUUCAUGGGAGCCUGGUUGGUCACAAGGUGCUGGCUUCUUUCAUUGACUUCCAGCUACAAAAGUGAGAUAGAAACUAAAUCCUAAUUUUAAAACCGUUAUAAAUUCUAAAAGAAAAAAAAAGUUAUGUUAGUUUGCUUGGAUGUUUAUUCAGUUGCUAUGUUUGUAAAAGGAAAAUUUUUGUUAAAAACUGAGAGAAUAAGAUAUCAAAAGAGAGUAAACGGGAAGGCCAAUCCAUGACUCUCACUCUGGAUGAUAGAGAAGUUCCCCUGCAAAUGUUUUCUUUAGUGUGCAAGACCAAACUGAAAGAAAAUAUAGCUGUGGGUGUAAGUUCUGUAAAGGAAAGUGUGCAACCUUGUUAUUCUGCUAAAUACAUCAUUUAUGAGGUGAGAGGAUAAAAGAUGACAGCAACAGACAGCAUAAAAAAGAGUUGGUUCCUUAGGGAAAUCAGAGCACUAUGCUCAGGACUAAUAACGUGUCCACUAAUUUUUUAUUGUAUUGGAGACCAGUGUUAGGGUUGAACCCCCAAAAAAAGACUUUGGAGCCUAAAGUUAGGAUUUUCAGAAUUUCAGAAUUUAAUACCUACAUUUUAAACUCAAUUUUAAAACAACUAUUCAAAUGCCACCUUACUCCAGCAUCUAGCAUAGUAUGUCUGUAUGCUCAGAACUAACCUGGUCACCACACAUCUAAGGAUCUUUGUUCCUGACUCAUGUUAAAACCCAUCAAGGAUGCAGAAAACACCAGCUCCUGGUUAAAUCCCUGCAUAUGCCACAAGAGAAUACACAGACUGCACAGUAUAGUUUCCUGGCUGGAAAGUGCUCUAAUGACUCAGUGUUGGGAUACUCUGUUCAUUUCCCUGAGGCAGCUUCACAGGACAGGAACAAAUUCAAGAGUAUUGCAGUGGAAAAGGAACAGUGCAACCUGAUAAGAAAAACACUGAAUAAAAUUAGAGAUCAUAUAUAACCAUUUAAUAUAAAAUACUUUGAGAAUCUCUGAAGCAGAGAUAAGGUAUUUUAACUCCAAAGAAGUGGAGGUAACCUUUUGUCUGUGCUACAUAUUGGUUAAAAAAAAAAAAAGAUAAAUGCUUCCCUGAAAAGUGUUUUAGUGACAGGAGGGAAAGAUGUGCCCUUAGAUAACUUUUUAUCUGCAGAAAUCUUGUCUUCCAUUUGGAGUUCUCAGACCCCAUCAUGGAAAGGAGAGAUUGAGUCUUCUUGCAUAGGUGAAGGAAUUAAACUUGAGGUUCCUACUUCUCUGAGACUGCAGAAAAAGGGACUAGUUUCAUUUCCCUCCAGCCACUUUUUACAAAGGUGACCUGGCUCAUAUUUGAAACAAAAUGUAUAGUUAUCUCCAAAAUUUGAUGCCAGUGGAAAAUUAGCACUUUCUGCAUAUUGCAUUUCCAUACUGGCUCAAAUAGAGUAUUCCUAGACACCUCUUUCCUUAUUGUGUUGCUUUGUUGGGCACUAACUCUUUUCACAAACUCCACAGAAAGGUUAGAUAUUUUAAAAAAGGUCCUGACCUCCACACUGGAGCAAAAAAAACCUAUGUAUUACACUGAAUAAUUUUAAGUGCUGAAGUCCUUUGUUGGCACUGGCCCUUAAACUGUUGGGGUCAAUGGAAUCAUUCCAGAUUAAUAUCCAUGUAAAGAUAAUCAAAGUUGGAUAGUGGCCACUGAAGAUAGAUUUUGUCUAUAUGUUCUGCAGAGAAUGAUAAUGACAGAAUAUUCUUCCUACUCUCUUUUGAAUCAAACAGCAGAUGGAUUUUAUAAGGUUCAUUCCUGAAGCUAGGUUUGGUGAAUAGGUCCUUCCUACCAUUCAUCUUUGUCAGUCCUACUCUAUCUGGUAUCCCAAUGAGAAAGUCAUCCUCUAAAUAAAUGUGUUAAGGGAUGUGACUAAACUCCUCCAAAAAUAACUAAGAGGUCACCAUUUUCUGGCAGUUUAAUGAAUCUCCAAAAAUUUAGUCAAUACUCUCCAUGAACAAGAAUAUCAUUCAUCUGCUACCCAUUUCAGUGUGCACUUCAUUUAGUAAAGACUAAAGUUGAUUACCUGAAGUCACUUUUUUUGAGGUGAUUUACUAUUUUAUCCUCAGUUCAAAUCUCUCCAAUUGCCGCUUACAAUUUUAUACUGUGAAAAGGAAAAGAGAUAAAGGCCAGUGAAGCAUAAAGGUAAGUAAAAAUUCAUCUGGGUGAUGAAUUGGUGUAUAUGGCUGGUUUUGUCUCACCUGAGCAAUGACAGUACUAACAAACAAUAAACAUUAAGUCACUCCGAUCUGCCAAAUGGGAACAAAUAUACUAUGUAUAUUACAUGUACUAAUAGGAUUAUAUGGCAGCUGCUGGUGGUAUUUGUAAUUAGAAAUCUAUAUAGAAUAUAGAUGUUUUAGAGAGAUGGUGCCAAUUCCAAAAGAUUUAUGUGGGCUACAAGUGCUUGUAAUUAUUUUUUUUAAUUUGCUAAUAACUUAUGAAGAACUGGUUUCAAACAUUAUGUGACCGUUUGUUCUUUUUUAUGUUGUUGCUGCUUAUACUAUUAAAACAUAGAGAAUGUAAAGUUAUUUUGAUGUGAACUGAAAAUAAUUUUUCAUAAAAUUUAACAUUUUUAUCAGCUUUGGUUUGCUUUCUACCUGUACAAAUGUAAUUUAUUUUAGCAUUGAAGAACUUGCUUGUUUCUCAAUUGUCUACAUCAUGUUAUAGUUGGUGUUUAUGUAGAGUCAGGUACUUUUUGAACAGUAUUAAAAAGAAUCUGUGAUAUGACUGAAAACUGGAUAUUUUUUUUUCUCCAAAACACUUACAGCUAUGUUUUCAGUGCAUUUUCUACAAGCUAGGUAUGCCUAUACACAAACCCCUGAAUUAUAGUCUUUAUCUCUUUUACUCCUCCCUCUCUUUUGCUUUAAAAGAUUAACUUAACACUAAUGGUAUAAAACAUUCUAGAAGGGUUUGGUCUUUGUCUUUUGAAGCACACACAGUGUCAUUGUUGAGGCAUAUAUAGAUUUGAGAGAAAAUAGUAAAAUAAUCUAGUCUUGAGCAAGCUGUACAACUUGGAAUCAUAUACCAAAACAUUAUUUUUAUGGAUGUUGUAAGAAACGACUUUACUCCUCCAAUUGCAGAUUCACAUCUAAUCUUGAACUGCUAAAAGUAUCAGAGAAAAUUUUUUAUAUCCUUUAACAAUUUGGUUUCUAGAGUUCUGCCUUUGUGACCACUAGGAAUAAAUGUCUUGUCUCAGGUCUGGCAACAUUCUGUUUCCAGCCAAUAGAUUUUGUUAUACUUUCCCUGCUAAAUGCUAAAAAAACCCCAAAACAAAUAAUAAGAACAAAGCUGCUACUCAAGAAACCCCAACCCAUACAAAAAGCAACCAAACCGCCACCCCCCCCCCCCCCCCC